UUAAUCGGAAGCAUUUUGUUUUUUUAAAUAACUUACUGGACUGUUUAAUGACAGAAAGAAUAAUAACAGUUCAAUGAAACUAUUUCACUUACCCUGCUAACACCACCAUCAAAGCAAAUGAGUGAUUAACAGGAAAAGCUAGUUCGGUAAUCUUUGAGUUCCAUAUACUGCAUUUGUCUGAUGACUGAGCGAGUGUUACGUGACUGACUGACUACAUGGCCAAGAUCAAGCAGUUCUGGAGAUCUGUUCAGGCACCUAAGUCCAUUCCUGGAACCGUUUUUUGGUCAGUCUAAUACCGAGAUGUUUCCAUUAAGCAGUCAAACAAGAUGACGAGCAUUUGUUUAAAAGUGAAAAAUCUAAGUGAAAGCUUGAAUACUGCUGACAGAAAUGGAAAACCUGAAGAUGACAUUACUGAAAUCAACCAAAGGGAAAACAUAUUUUUAGAGCCACAUAAAAAGGCAACCAAAACUCCACUGAAGCAACAAUCCUCUACCUCGCAUUCAGUAUUGGGAGCAAUUAGAACAGACUUGGGAACUAUGACUACACCAACAAAGCUUCAAGAAUCUCCUGUUGGAGAGCCAUGGACACCUACCGCUAAUUUGAAAAUGUUAAUCAGUGCUGCCAGUCCAGAGAUUAGGAGCAGAGAAAAGAUGAAGCAGGAGUUGCUUGUAGAUGAUGAUCAUGCUUCAGAGACAAAUGAGAAUUUACAGGACCAGUUAUCUGGAGAAGAAUUUGAGAAGUUUCAUCCAAGUCGCAAAGAAAAGAGUCUGGGUUUAUUAUGCUAUAGAUUCCUGGCACGGUAUCCUGACUAUCCCAACCCUGCAGUGAACAAUGAUAUAUGCUUGGAUGAAGUAGCGACAGAACUGAAUGUUGAACGUAGACGUAUCUACGAUAUUGUGAAUGUUCUCGAAAGCUUGCAUAUGGUGAGUCGCCUUGCCAAGAAUCGGUACACGUGGCAUGGCCGCCACAAUCUUGCUCACACACUGGGAACAUUGAAGAAUGUUGGUGAAGAUCAAAAAUAUGCAGAACAAAUGUUGCACAUUAAGAAGAAAGGAUUUGAAUUACAUGAGAACUAUAUAAAAGAGCCACUUCGAGAGCAAAAUUUAGCCAACAGCAGUGAGGUGAAGCCUAAAGAAAUGUAUUUUGUGGAACUUCCUGGAAUGGAAUUUAGAGCAGCCUCAGUAAAUGGACGGAAGGACAAAUCCCUGAGAGUAAUGAGUCAAAAAUUUGUCAUGUUGUUCCUGGUAUCAAAACCCCGAGUGGUUAGUCUUGACACCGCUGCCAAAAUCCUAAUUGGUGAUGACCAGAAGGUAGAUCUGGAUCACAGCAAGUUUAAGACUAAAAUAAGACGACUCUAUGAUAUAGCCAAUGUCCUCACCAGCCUUGAACUUAUAAAGAAAGUACAUGUAACAGAGGUGAGAGGACGGAAGCCAGCAUUUAAAUGGAUAGGACCAGAGGCAUUCCCAGACCUAAUCGAUGUAAAACCUAUUACACUGACUACCUCAGCUGCACCUAGUACUGUGUUACCCAAGAUUUCAAAAGAAGCAUUUGCCAAGAAUCUUUUCCCUGCCUCGAACACUAAGCAAGGCUUCACUCGGCAUGCAUCUUUGAAUUAUUUAUUACAAAACAUGGAGAACGAUCACAGGAAGAUCAGCUCUGCACCGAGUAGCCCAGUUGGCAAAAUCUACAGUGAUUCAUCCAAAGCUGGAUUAUACCCCAGUAAAAUGGACCAGCUUGCUACAAUCUGUAAACUUCAGUUGGAAGCCCAAUCUAACCUGAAUGCCAGUAAGCUCAUAACCUCGCCAUCAAAACCAUGUUCCUCACAAGAGAAGUCAAAACUUGAUAAUCCCCCUGGACUUGUUGAACCAGCAUUAUGUACUGGAGUUAAUUCAGCAGUAUUCCCUCAGGUUAAACCAACAUUUCAGCCUCUCGAGGUGUUUCCUUUGGUGCAUGGACAGUAUUCUUCUGUUUUACCAGUGAUGUUACCUCAAAGCCACUCCAAUGGGCCUUAUACAAUUUGUCUCCAACCUCCACAGCCAAGAAACCUGUCUGCACACCCCUCUGGCUUUGUGCAGUCCAUAUCUUUUGCCACGGAAAAACAAAUGAUAAGCCCCCAUGAUUCAAGGAACCACUCCAAUAAACGGAUUGCUGAAAUGUGUUCUGACGGGCCAGAAACUGAUAACGACAACCAGAAUAGCAAAGCAGCCAAACGUGAUACACUCCCUGACCGAUGCCUGAAGCAACCCUCUAUACAUGACAUCAGUGAAGUUUUGCGUUCCAAAGCAGCUAAUAAAUCUGAGAGCCAGCCAGCAAAGGAUGUUGAUUCAGGCACAUCACCAAAUGAAGAUGAGCUUUUAGAAAUUCAUCAAGCGAGGCUAAAGGCCCGCAGAAGUUUGAUAACUAAUCGGGCUUCCCCACGGGCCUUGCACCUCGACCCAGAGUUCCUAAAUGCCCCAGAAGACAAGAGUCUCGGUUCUGAAAAACUUGAGCACAGUGUUGAAUGUUUCCUUGAAAAUGAAGAGAAGUGUGGGAUUAUUUUGUCAGAAGGAAAAGCCACCACAGUAAAAGCUGUUCCAGUGGCAAUUGCAUUUCCUGCCCAUCUUCACUCUGUGUCUGAGACUGUAAUGUCAUCUGGAUACCUCAUCCCAUUACCACAGCAGGCAUCUUUUAAUAAUUCAAGCAAUGGGUCUCCUGAAAUGAAAAAUAAAUGUGUAUCCUCACCAGAGCAUCAGCUUUACCAUUCACCAUUAUCAGGUGUUACACCAAUGACUGCUUCAGACUACUCUCCAGCUAAUUUCUCUGCCACUCAUAUAACCUCCCUGAAAUUACCUUAUCCAGUGGCUGUUGCUUCUUCUGUAGCCUCUCUUCCAGUUGUGAGCCAAGCCAACAUAUCAUCCUUCGCUUCUUCAGGUCAUCACUUUCCUAUUCACAGUCCCAGCCCAGGGAUUCUGAAUUUCACACUGCAGAAUCUUGGUUUGAUCAACCCCGGGGUGCACUUUUCAAUGAGUCAAGGGCCCACAAUGGCAACUGCUUCUCCAGAACAAGCUAAUCCUCUCACAGGAAACAUAAAUCUACAACAAGGAAAGAUGAUCUUUGUUAAGCCAGUGUCUCCACAUCACCAGCUGACUGGACAACCUGUAGCAUUGAUUAGUAUACAACAGCACAAUGUGCCAGCUACACCUGAAGGUGCUCAGUCAAUCAACAGGGAGAGCUUUUUCCGUACUCCAGGAGGUCCAACAUCAGCUUCCAUCCUGUCAUCGGUGACUGCUGUUGUCACCAACAAUAGCAAAAGUCCUCCAGGAAACAUGCCCCUUCCUCAACGAAAGCUUGAGGUCUGCGCUGAAGAUUUUCAAUGACUUUGGGACAGAUGGUAAAUCCAAAGUGGUCUGUGAGAUUUUUAAUGUAUUGCUAGGUAGUGAACAAAUCUCGGGGUGCAUUCUAAAUAUGUAACGCAUAAUUUGCGUUUAAUUCUAUGAUUUUUUUAAAAAUGUUAUCUGGCAGCGCAUAUUGCUCUAAGGAAUUCCUUUGAAGAGAAGUUUACAUUGUACCAAUGUGACUGUUAACAUAGCCAUAAUUAACAAAACUGUGACCUUCUGCCUAAGCAGAAUAAAAAUCCAAUGCAAGAUCAUAUUCAUAUAAAGUACUAUGGUUAAACAUGGCUAGAAUUGCAAACUACAAAUAAUAUUUACUUUGCACAUUAUACAGAUGAAACAGUAGGAUGAAUACCAUCCUACCUGGAGUUGGUUUACUGUUGUAUGUUUCAAAAUGGUGUAACCAUCGUACAAAAUUAGUUGCAAACUAACUUUGGAUGAAAUUCACUGGGUAAUGAUAUCCUCAGCACAGAUGCAUAUGUUCUAUAAAGUCACCCCUUCUCCAAUUAAGAGAACAAUAUCACAUUAGGUGGCCAUUGUUAUUGAACAAAAUUGGUCAAUACAAAAUUAAGAUGUCACACAACACCUGAUAUUGCAGUUGAAAAAUUGCAGGAAAAUUGUAUGUUUGCAACUGAAGAUGUUCAUAGUACGGGGAUAAUCCAUUGGAAGAAUACACAAGUACUGUAACUUGUACAUAUUGUGCUGUAUUUAUAUAUUACAUUAAAGCAUUAAUUUUGAAUGGAAUUAAAUUUUAAAAUCGAUAUACUUAUCCAAUUUUAGAUGUCACCAUCUCUUAAAACCAUCUGAACAGAUACUGUAACCUGUAGAUGGUCAUAGGUUUCUCAUGAUUUCUGGGCUCUAUUAGCAAUUAAAUCUUAAAACAUGGAAAUUCAAGUAGCUAGCAAGUGAUCGUUGUGUUAGUCAAUCAAGUUUCUGUCUAACUAUUUGAAUUUAUUUAUAUUGUCAUGUGGUUCUGUGACUGGAAUAAAUCUGUACAGUUUAAUUUCUA